GUGGUCUAAUGGUUAUGAUUUCUCGUUCACAUUGAUGUGUUCAAAAUGACCCGAGAAGGUUCCGUGUUCGAUCCACGGCGUGACUAUGCUUUUUCCCUCCUCCAGCUGUCUAGGCGUCUUUGUUGUCCGUCUUGUCACAUGUCUCGCCAUUCUUUUCCUUUUACCUCGUUUCCCUCUUGGUAGCCGUCUUCUUUGGUUGUUGUGUUUCCCCCUUCUCCACCGGCUUGACGUGGAAAUACGAGCACAUCUUCUCAAGCCACUCCCCCCUCCUCCUCCUUUUUGCUACCCUCCUAACCCCCGCGGGAAGGGAGCGAAGAGCGGGGGCUCGUACCCCUUGAUAUGUCAUGUCUCACUGUUGGCAAAUCCGCCGGUCUCCUAACGUCUCCAUGUGGCGGCAAUGCUAGCCCUUGUACGGACAAUCACAGUACCCUCACAACCCUCAGUUUCCUUGCCUUUCUGCCCACAUAUGUGCGGCGUGGCUGACUUAGCGCCAGCGCCAAUGGGUGCAGUGAUGGCAGCCCAUUGAACCGUUGUGGUUUUACUAUUGGCAGGCCGUGUCACGCCUGCUUCUGUGCCACCGCCAAGGGUGCUUCUUCUUCUUCGCCGGUCUCUUUUCUCCAGGCAGGCUAGCUACCUAAACUAGUAACCAUCCCGCGCGAGAACGAGCGACGUGCACGUAGGUAUCUCCUAUCCACCAGAUCCCGCCCGUCCCAGCCUGCUCAGCUUGCGGCUGCGCGGCGCCCUCGGCGACAUGACCAUGAUGGCAGCGCGGAGCGCCACAUUUACCUAGCCGUCCGCCUGCUGCCAGAUCGGCGCAUCGCCCGCCUGCCUGCCUUCUACCGACUGUGAGCGCGCACCCGUCGCCUCGCAGCAGCAGCACCGCCCGCAGGAGAGAGAGAGAGAGAGGC